GUUUCCUUGAUCGAGCAGCAAGAUCUCUUCAUCGGUGAGGUCACCGUGUCCGAGCACCUGAGCUUCUACGCGGCGCUGCGGUUGUUUCACCUUCCGAGGAAGCAGCGGCAGGACAGGAUCGCCGCGAUUUUGCGACGGUUGCGCUUGUCGCAUUGCCAGCACAGAAAGGUGUAUUUGCUGUCCGGCGGAGAACAAAAACGCCUGUCGGUUGCCGAGGAAUUGCUAAAUGAGCAGACGUCCGUUUUAUUGCUUGACGAGCCGACGACCGGCUUGGAUUCAGUGUCAGCGAAGGAAAUGGUCGACAUCUUGUGCAACAACAGUGCGGCGCCCGCCGACGUGGUCAACCUUGCGAGCGACGAUCAAAACCGGGUUUCAGCAUCCACCGCAGGUGCCAGCGGCACGAUAAUACCACGGCUGCUUCCGAGCCUUGCAGCAGGCAGGUCUACUAGCAAGGAAUCCAAGUCAACAGUCAACAGCGCCGUAGAACUUUCAGUUGCCGCGGCAAGCGGUGGCCUGACCGGCGCGCUGGUAGCUGCAACGCACGUCGAGGCCAGCCCUGGCCCCCCGAGAGACGACGUUAGUGGCGGCUCCUCCGGUGGUGCAGCAAAGGGCAGUAGAAAUUUUGCUGAUCUUGGAGCUUUACACUCCCCCGUACCAUCGGGUACGGAGGCGAUGUCGUCGCCUGGAGCUGCUGUUGUACCUCCCGCACUGCUCGACCAAGCAAAUGCUGAAGAUCAGGAUCAUGCUCACGAUCACACAACUACGGAGGGCGGUACUACCAGCGGGAGAGCUCUAAAGCACGACUCUACCCCCGAACAGGAACAGGACGAUGCUAUGCGCGAAGUGCGUGACACGACGAUCAUCUUCACGAUUCACCAACCCUCCAGCCUCCUCUACUCCUGCUUCUCGAGUGUGUACUUUCUUGGGCAGGGGGAAUGCGCCUACUUCGGCCCCGCCGAUCAGCUGGGGAGCUGGCUGUCCCGUGCGGGAUUUCAUUCCCCACCCUUCUACAGCGCUGCGGAGUUCGCCUUGGACACGAUACAAGACACCGAAAAACUUGCACGACUGGUGCAGAAACAACAGCAAGUGGACGAGAAGAAGAAACUGCAGAUUCUACGCAGCAUCACCAGCAUCACGAAAUCGAAUGGUACAACUAAUGACGAGCAGCACGACGCAGAGCAUAUCUCGGCGGACCGCGAUGACGAAAGGGAAAGCGGGUCAGACGCGGACCGGUACACACCGUCUCGUAGCAGCGGGGCCCGAAGUCCAGGCGAGAUGGAGGAACUGCAAGGACGAACGCCGGUGUCGGACGAGGAAACUAAGCAAGCGCACGUAUCGAUUAAGGGGAGACACAAGAAGGCGAAAAGCUCCGCACGCUCGUCGAAGAGCCGGAAUUCCGUCGCAAAUCUGUUGGCGAGCCGGAAACGGGCUCCCUGGUGGGUCGAGUUUUCGGAGAUCUGGAAGCGAACCUUGAUCGCGCGCCUCCGCCAGAGGUACGCGACGAAACUCGCUAUUAUCCAGAACACGUUUGUGACCAUUUUGAUCGGGAUCUUCUUCUUCGAUGUGGGUAAGCAUCCGAGUAAGGUAGACACGAGGAACGGCGCCAUGUUUUUCAUCCUGACACACCCUCUGUUUUCCGCAACGUUCGAGGCCAUGCUCCCACUGGUCAUGUCCGGAAUGGUGCUGCAACGCGAGUUCCAAACGAAGAGGCUCUACCGACUCUCGUCUUUUUUCGCGGCGCGCACGACCGGUGAAUUGCCGAUCAUCAUGAUCUUUCCGCUCAUCUACACGAUUGGCGCUUGGUCGCUGAUGCAGUUCCACCCGGAGGUCGUGCUGAAUUUGGAACUUCUCGGAAUCUCGCUGAUCUGCCAGCUCGCGGGGCAGUCGCUGGGGUACUUCAUUGGAUCUCUCACUCAGGACGUAGAAGUCGCGAUUAGUUUGGGAAUCGUCGUCCUCGUGCCGCUCUUUCUUCUGAACCCCUUCAUUUUGGAUGCGAGUCUGAUCCCGGUCAGCAUCGCGUGGGUGCGGCACUGCAGCCAGUUCUAUUACGGCUUCCUGGCGUUCGGGAGCUGGACGUGGGAGGGGCUCGAGAUGGAGUCCUGCUCUGCACAAGAGCAGCUGGAGUUUCCGAAGAACUGCAGUCUGUACCGGUCCGGCGACCUGGUCUUGCACCACAGAUUCGGUAUCACGGUCGCCGACAAUCCGCACUUGAAGCGAAACGCCCUGCUGUGUUUGUUGCUGCUCACUGUCAUCACCCGGCUACUCGCCUUUUUCCGCUUUUACGUGCGCUACGAAUAUGCCGACAACUGGUUGAUGGCCCUACACUUGAGCGAUCCGCUCGCGGAAAACACUACAACGCCGGCAGUACCUGCAAAAGGACGCCGUUCCUCCUUGGAAGCACUCGUGAAGAUCUUCAGGUGGGGGUCCGCCCCGUGAAGUAGAAGAGGAAGCGAAAGCUUGAGUUAUGGGAGACCCAAAGUGAUUUCUGUCGCUUUCAGUUUGAGUUUUAGGAAAGUGAAGUCCUGUCGCGCAACAUACAAAUCACAUGGAUGAAUCUGAUUGCAUUUUUUCAUUCGAGUAUCUCCACGACUGCACGACCGCAUUCGAAGUAGUUCAUUUUUUUGCAACCAUUGCUCCCUCUGUUUUGCGGACCAGGGCGCUGCCACAUUGGUGCAAUUAUUGCGGACUCACAUGAAGAACUCCGUCUGCGACUCUUUCUUUGGACGCGAAAGUCUGAUCUCGUUGCUUCCAACUGUGUACUCCGGAGAAGCAAGUACUUACAUCAAUCCGCAGGAGGAUGCGAGGUCGUCAGACACUUAGGAACAAAAUGACCUUGCAGUGCUUGACCAAGAUCAUGAUGUAUGAACUGAAAUAGGUGCAG